CCGAAACGACAAAUCAACAUGGCGGAUUCUGAAAAUUUACCGGAGGGUUGGGAAAAACGGAAAAGCAGUUCUACCGGCAAGGCGUACUAUCUCAAUCUCCAUACCAAGCAGAGUCAGUGGGAGGUUCCCACAGAGCCAGCAGGGAUGGGCAAGCAGGUAAAUUGCUGCCACCUAUUGGUCAAACACUCUGGGUCUCGCCGACCGUCUUCUUGGAGACAAGAUGUGAUCACGCGGAGUAAGGAUGAUGCACAGAGCAUUCUCAUCGGGUAUAUCGACCGAAUCAAGCGAGGCGAAAUUACAUUUGAAGAAUUGGCGUCAACAGAGAGUGAUUGUAGUUCAGCACGAAAUGGUGGAUCACUUGGGUUUUUUGGACCUGGUCAGAUGCAACCUGCUUUCGAACAAGCGGCUUUUGCACUGAAAGUUGGAGAAAUGAGCGGAAUUGUGGACUCUGAAUCUGGACUUCAUAUUAUUCUGCGUACUGCAUAGGCAGUUCGAGAUAUAGUUUGGGCAUUCAUUAUUCAACAGAAUUACAAUUUGACUUUGUCGAGGUUCAGGCAGAGAUAUUUGGGGAGAUUUUGUUGAAACAAUAUGCCGGUUCAGAACUUUGGUUGGAGUUCUUUUAUGUGGCAUUUGCUCUUCAAGAAUGACCUAUUAUUUUUAUCUGAUGAAGAAUGUUUCUAAGUACUUACCAAUACAAACUGUAUUCCUCAACUGACUUGCAUCAUCAGAUAGCAAAAAACUAUGUAAGUAGUGUAGUAUUGAAUCAAAGAAAUACCUAGUUACAUUUUACUUGUGCAUUUUUGUGAAAUGGAGUAAAGUUGUAUUUACACUUAUACAGGAAGGAAAUGUCCAUAAUUAUGUUAUUUGUUAUGUAGGGGUAGCAGGUGUACAUACUAAAUGGCGUAAUGCGGCCAAGAUGUAUGAUGGUGGACAAUUUUCCAUCUGAUAGGCCUUUUCGAAGAAGACGGAUCAGAGUCCAAACAAAUCAAAUGCACACAAUUAGAACAAGUCAGUAGGCCUAGGCAAACUUCGGACAAUGCUAUAAGCUGCUGCGACCCUUCAAGGUGAAGCGCACGACUGGUCAGCACCCAAACAAACUUCUUCUAAAACAUCGAUUAAAAUUGACCACCCGGAAAAGAUUGUUAUGAGGGUCGUAUUUAACUCUUUGGUUUUGGGGGGGGGGGUUAGAACACCCAGAUCUGUAUGAAAAACAUGUUUUUUGUCAACGUCUGGAGGGGGUAGUUGUCCAUCUAAAUGUGGCUCUGAUUGUUGUCCAACUUGUUACUGAGGAUGUUCAGAUACCUCUACAUAUUGCUUUUGUGGUUUUUUCUCCCAUUUUGUAUUUGUAAUUAAGAUGAUUACUCCGAAAACAUCUUAUGUGUUCAGUUUGUCCAUAGUAUUGUGGCAAAUAAAAUGAUAAGGUUACAUGCUGA